AUGGUCAGACGAGUCGGUCCAACUCGAGCUGGAGAGUUUCCUGUGUUCAACCGAAUAACGGACAUCCUGCGAGAAAAAGGCAUCUAUCGCACCGGCGACCAGUGCAGGGAGAAUAUCAAAAAGAUGAAACUGGAGUACCGCCACAUCAAUGACAACCACAGGAUGAUGUAAUGGACCGGGUCUUAACGAACCACCCGGCCAUAGACUACUUCUCUUUGGGCAGUGCUGUUAUAGCCCACUAGGUCCUCCAGAGCUCCCCUAGUGGUGCAGACGCAAACCUCCAUGGUCUGCCAGGUGGUGCCUUUGGUUCCGCUGCUUCGGGCGGGUUCUUGUUUGGUCAUCCGCCCAGGCCGGGGGAGCUGCUGGAGAUCAAUUGCGAGGAUGCAGAGUCCGAGAAUGGACUGCUGAACUCCGAUGCUGCGUCCCCAGAACUGCUGUAUCAUAUCGGGUUUGGAGAUGAGCAUGACACCAAUGGGAAGUCUGCCGGACUGGAUCAAGAAGGCCCGGUCGAGAUGGUGUGAGGAGAGCACAUGGCAAGCAUGCAACAGUCUCUUUCAGGUUGGCUAAAAAAGCAGAUGAGGUUGAUUGGCCUAAUCUCCUGUAUUAUUUUGCAUGGAUAUUCAUUCAGAAAUUUUAUCAAAAGUUAGGGUAGAUGCAACUUUUAUUUUUAGCCCCAACACUUAGCCUAGUAAGCUGUAUUAUUGCACAAUUCGAUGGCGCAGUUUCAAGGCUGUACGAACUGGUCUUUGUUAUUGUAUAAACACACCACAUGAUUACACACAUUAUUUUGUACUUUUUUUCUUAGGGGGUAGAUCAGCUUUAAUAUUGCAGAUAGAUUGUAGCUACCAUAAAUUUAAUUGUCUGCAUAAUUUCCAAUCAUCCAUAUAUUUUUUGGGUAAAUAGAUAUAUUUUUGUAAAUAUCUACAGUGCAUUCGGAAAGUAUUCAGACCCCUUCACUUUUUCCACAUUUUGUUACAUUAGAGCCUUAUUCUAAAAUUGAUUAAAUUGCUUUUUUCCCACAUCAAUCUACACACAAUGCCCCAUAAUGACAAAGCAAAAACAGGUUUCUAGAAAUGUUUGCUAAGGUAUUAAAAAUAAAAAACGGAAAUAUCACAUUUACGUAAGUAUUGAGACCCUUUACUCAGUACUUUGUUGAAGCACCUUUGGCAGCGAUUACAGCCCAAAUCUUCUUGGGUAUGACGCUACAAGCUUGGCACACCUGUAUUUGGGGAGUUUCUCCCAUUAUUCUCCUCAGAUCCUCUCAAGCUCUGUCAGGUUGGAUGGGGAGCAUUGCUGCACAGCUAUUUUCAGGUCUCUCCAGAGAUGUUCGAUCGGGUUCAAGUCCAGGCUCUGGCUGGGCCACUCAAGGACAUUCAGAGACUUGUCCCAAAGCCACUCCUGCGUUGUCUUGACUGUGUGCUUAGGGUCAUUGUCCUGUUGGAAGGUGAACCUUCACCCCAGUCGGAGGUCCUGAGCGCUCUGGAGCAGGUUUUCAUCAAGGAUCUCUCUGUACUUUGCUUCGUUCACCUUUCCCUCGAUCCUGACUAGUCUCCCAGUCCUUGCCCCUGAAAAACAUCCCCACAUCAUUAACCCCCACAUCUGAAUGAUCUCUUGUAUUUAUCUCAACUUGCACAUUAGUUCCCCUUGCUUCCAGCCUAGCAUUUAGUUUGGUACAGUGGGGGUUAAUAUAAGCCUUGCUGUCUACCUGUCCAACCUCUGAAACAAUGUUCCAGCCUGCAUAGCAACCAUUUUGUUUAGAAAGGACCAGUCCUUUUGCAUAGCAACUAUGCAAAAAUAAUUAAGGACUUGAUCAUGGCUGUACCAACAUGACCAAAAUAACUAACAACCCGAUUUUUGUCCGGACUACAUCUUCUGGUGGAAGAAUGAAAUUGUAUGAAUUGACUUGUAAAAAUAACUUUUUAAUUAACAUAUGUAAGUGUAUAAAUAAGGCACAUGAGGCUAUUGUGUCCUGCCGAACAACGCCAUUUACCCGUGACUGUAUUCAUGAUACAGCACUGCCUCGUGUUGCUCAGUUGGUAGAGCUUUGCGCUUGCAACGCCAGGUUUGUGGGUUCGAUUCCCACAGGGGGCCAGUAUGAAAAUGUAUGCACUCACUAAACUGUAAGUCUGCUAAAUGACUAAAAUGUAAAUGCCUCUUGUGCCUUAUUGCUUAAAUAAUCACCACGUGUAAUACGGUUUGGGAAACCACAGAAUUUCUACUUUCAUAUCACCCCAAAAUUAUUUCACAAAUACAAUAGAUACACUUACUGUGCGCCAUUCUAACACAGAUUCCCACGUAUGUGUUUUGCAUUGCACUUCCUGAGCUAAUGGAAACUCAGGAGGGAACAAAAAAUAACAGUCGGCUCGAAGCUGUGUUACACAAAACACCUCAGUGGAAAUCUGUGGUAAACCAGCUAACAGUAACUGCAGAGCUGCCAACUCUCACGCAUUUUACCCUCUUCUCGCGGCACACCUCUUACAUCUCACGCAUUGAAAAGUACUGGUUUUAUUUUUCUAAUUCAUGUUGUGCUCCAAAUCUUUUUGAAAUUGGAACAUAUGCGCCUCCAAUUUAACAUCACGAGCAGAACCUCUAUCACUGUCCUGACUUGCCACACAACUGUGAACGCGGCACAUUGAAGCAUUCUCAUUGGUCUAGUUAUGCAAGGGGUCAAGGGGAUUGGAAGUAUGUUUUAAAGAAACGCCCCUCAAGAUUAGAGCGUAGAGAUGGAGAUAUAUAACGUUAUAAAACUGUAAACAUGUAGCAUGGUAGCGCUGUUUAAUGUACAAUUUGGUCAACAUAAUUAGGUUGCUUUUACUCCCGUCCCUAUUGCAGAAUGCAGUUUUUUUGCAGUCUUUUGACAGCAUGUACUCGUUUGGUGAUUGGCAUUUAGGCUGUGACAACGAAAAGGCAGCAGACAGACCUACAGUAUGUUUUAGCAGGAAGGUUUGGUAGGGUGACGGGAUUUCUAUCUAUGAAAAUAAUUUUGUCAAACAGAUUGUGAACCCAAAAGUGUAAAUUGGAUUUUAGAUGGGGGAUAACACACACAAAAAAAUGUGGUUAGGGCAUAGGGGCAGAUUUAUGUCACCUUGUCUUCAAGAGAUUGUAUUAUCUAUUUAGUCUGAUCAGGUGGAACAAUUCGCAUUCUUAACAAUGGGCUAAAAUAUAGGGUAAUUACUGUUGUUGUCAGCAAGAACACUACUGUUAUCAGCCACACAUAUUAUAUUAUACCAGUUCUUCCCAAUUUUGACAGUGUAAUCACAUAUUUGAAAUCUCAUAUGCCUACUUGUGUCUUUGAAAAUGAAUUAUGAGGCUAUGUAUUUUUGCAGCCAUUCAUGGACAGUUUUGAAUAAGUCAUACAAAUAAGCGUUGGAUAAUAAAUGCUCCAGGAAUCAAAUAUAAUAUGACAUUUUAGUAUUGUGCACAUUCUAGGCAACUCAUAAACGCAUAAUAUUUUGUCUUUGUAGAGUAAGAUGAUGGAUAGGAUCUUCAACUAGUAGGUAUAAACCACCUGAAUAUUGAUAUUCAUUAGAUUUUUCUUGAAGGUUUGGUGAUUUUGAGAAAUUAAUUGUUAUAACAAGUACAUUUUCAAACACCCAGCACUUAGGAAACAUAGAUCAGGGGUGGCCAACCCUCCUGGAGAGCAAGCAGGAUUUUCUUCCAGCCCUUAAAGAUAUCGUUCACUCAAGUUACAAAAUGUUUGUGUCCUUACCUUGAAAGCAGUAUAUGGACAAGGAGACUGCAAUCUAUGAUGUGGUUACCCACUGCCAUCAACCAUAAAUAUGUCCUGUGCAGAGUCUUGGUGUAGUGGAAACACUCCCUGGCACAUGUCACGUGCAACUUUCCACCUGAGAACCACUGUUUCUUAGCAUUUGCCUGUCUCCCUAUCUCAUUUAAUUACUGUCUAAAUAAAGUGUCAAACCACCUAAGAAAUAUUUUGUAAAAAAUAUUAGCGUACUUUAAGUUUCCUCCCCCAAAUAUUGCAAAGUAACAAAGUCGUCCAAUUUUGAGUGUUCAUUUUAAUGUUCAAAGCAUCCUGAAUACACCUGACCUGUGUGUUUUUUAAAUAAAAAUGUAUCCACCCAGGUCAUAGGCCUAAGCCAUGUCAAAAUGCAUAGAAUUGCAGGAAAUUAGUAAAAUCCCCCCCCUCUAGGGGGUUGUGCUAGGAGGCAAUGAAAUUCACAUAGCAAAUCUCACUCCAAGCUUUCAUCAAAAGUUGGCAGCCCUGUAACUGUAUCUUUUAUAUUUGUAAAGUUAUUGUUGGUUGAUAAUGACGUUGAAUGUUCAAGGUUUCCAAAACAAUAUCGCAAUCAAGGCUACAUUUAUUUAUACAUAGAGCGUUUCACACUUGACCAAAUCACCUCAGCUAAUCAAAAGGGGACAUGGAAUUACUCCAAUGUAGCAUUGGAGUCAUGAGAAAGGCUAACCUAACCUAUUACCUGACCCAUCAUUUUAUGUAUUACCGUACUGCCCCUCAGUUGCCCGUAAAGUGACAUCCCAACAAACACCCCAAAAACACUAAACAACCCAAAUGGCUCUUAACCCCCCCCCCCCAGGCAUGCUUUCUGUCUCUAACACUAAAACUGAAACUGAAACGAAAUAAUAUAAAAAAUAUAUUUAUAUUUAGUUUUUAUAUUAUUUCGUUUCAGUUUCAGUUUAAACUAAUUAAAAACCAGCAACUGAAACAAAACUGAAUUCAAAAUAAAAAUGGAAAAACUAAUAGAAACAAAAACGAAUAUAAAAACACAAACGACAAUAAACUUGGCCCAGACAUUAUACAUUUGGUUCGGGCCGGGUAGGGCAUGUUCUUUCAUCCAUGACUAGUGUACGGGCACUAACAUUUACAAACUAAGCCAUUUGCUCGUGCUCUGCUGCGCAGUACAUUCAUAUCUGACUAAGCUCAUAACAUGGUUUCAGAAGUGCUUCAACCUCGUCAAAUAUAAAACAGGAAAGAUUAUUUCACGGAAAAUAAUAAUGUUCCUUGAGUUUUGUCAGAGUUUAGAGUGACGAAAAGUAUUUAACAGCGAACUGCUUUCUCAUGUCACGUCAUUGAGCAGAGCAGCCCAAGCGGAGCCGUUGCUAUGGAUACUCACAGACGCAGAGACGCCAUGAGCAGAGCACAUGCAGUGUGAGGUGCGUGCAGGGAGCGAGUGACAGACCGAGAGGAGUAGUUCAUGGAAUAAGUGAUUUCUGGUUUCGGGCAGGGCCUUAAAUUUGGCUGAAGCAAACCAAAUCAGCCCCACCACUAUCCAUCCCAGCCCAUGGCCUGCCUAAACCUGAGAGCAUGCUGGCCACACUGAGUGGUGCAAAGACCCCUGGCCACAGUGUGUAGCUGUCACGCCGUGGCAACUCCAUCAGACACCACCAGGGUUUUCUACAGGAGGGCUACACCCAGUACCACACUGACAAAUACCACGAUAAUGACCCCAAUGUGAGUCUCCAACACUGCUGCUGUUCCCCAUGCUGCUGCUCCCCAGUCGUUUCAGAACUGUAUUUGGUGUCAUAUCACUUGUCAUGUCACUUUGUGGCAAAUGUAUCUGUAAAUAUUGCUAGACAUAACAAUUCAUAGAUUAGUUGAAAGAUAGAUUGAUAUAUUUUUGUGUCUCUCGUCUCCAGGGCAUAAUCAACAUGGGCACCAGUGAGAACAAGCUGUGCUAUGAUCUGCUUCACAAACGGGUGAGAGAGGGGGGAGAAGAGAGGGGAUGGAGAGAGGUUCAUGUGGUUGCUCCACAUUGCUUAUCACCAGUGGUGGAAAAAGUACCCAAUUGUCAUACUUGAGUAAAAGUAAAGAUAACUUAAUAGAAAAUGACUCAAGUAAAAGUGAAAGUCAUCAAGUAAAAUACUACUAGAGUAAAAGUCUAAAAGUCUUUGGUUUAAAACAUACUUAAGUAUCAAAAGUAAAAGUAAUUGCUAAAAUAUGCUUAAGUAUUGAAAGUGAAAGUAAAUGUAUAAAUCAUUUCAAAUUCCUUAUUUUAAGCUAACCAGACUGCACCAUUUUCUUGUUUUUUUAAUUUAUGGAUAGCCAGGGGCAUACUCCAACACUCAUACAUAUUUUACAAACAAAGCAUUUGUGUUUAGUGAGUCUGUCAGAUCAGAGGCAGUAGAGAUGCCAGGGAUGUUCUCUUGAUAAGUGUGUGAAUUGGACCAUCUUCCUGUCCUGCUAAGCAUUCAAAAUGUAACUAGUACUUUUCGGUGUCAGGGAAAAUGUAUGGAGUAAAAAGUACAUUUUCUUUAGGAAUGUAUUGAAGUAAAGUUGUCAAAAAUACGAAUACUAAAGUAAAGUACAGAUACACCCCAAAACUACUUAAGUAGUACUUUAAAGUAUUUUUACUUAAGUACUUUACACCACUGCUUAUCACUGACUUUGUCAAUCAGAAUGAUAAACCAUUGUCAUGUGUUAUUUGAAAAGGAUGGUUAUGGUACAUGUAUUCAUUAGAGGCAUUUAAACUACAAUUCAAUAACAUGUUUAUUACACAGAAGGAAGAUGUUUAUUAGAGCAGCGAUUAGGAUGAUGGUAGGGUAAAAAUGGUGAGGAUGAUGAUGAUGAUGACGAUAUCCCCUCUGUAACGAGAGAAGAGGUGUCCAGGUUCCUGUCUCACAACUGUGGUUCCCCCGACCCACUGAGAGCAGACAAGGUGAGUGAACUGAGCUCUCCUCAGCCCUUAUAGUACUGUAUAAUGGCUCUAGUCUAGUGUAUAAUCCUGGCCUUUAAGAAUCCUGGCCUUUAAGGAAUGCUGUGAUUGCUAGACUACUUCAUUAUAUUAUUACUGUAUUAUAAGUAUAGCGACUCAUUUAGGCUUGUGAUAGCAGUGGACUCGACUCAAUUAAUGACUUUCAUUAACCAAAUUAAUGACAGUAAAAGUGCUUAGGCUCACAGAAAACUGAUUGCAUUCGUCAAUGACUGUAGGCUAUUAAUCUAUGGGUAUGAAUAGUUAAAGACUGCGGCGGCCGCUGAUUGGCUGAAUACCCGGGGCGCAAGGUGGUUGGAGUUGUCAACAAAGCAGCGUGAAAGAAAUAUAAUGGCACGUUUUUUAACUACCGGUAGUUUCUUUGAGAAGAUAUAUAAAGUGAUAUGUACAUUUGAACAACAGAAUAAAUACACCUAUUUCACUUUUGCAUUUCAAAAACCAAAUGACCACUGCUGCACAUGUUGCCACUGUUUUGAACAGAUUAGAUUAUACUAUUUAGAAUGAGCAGCCAGCUCAUGAACGAACAAGUUCACCAGGGAGAAAGGUCGUCACUAGUUACCACAGCUACAAAGUCGUAAAGCGUGCCUAUUUCAAAAAUGUCUCUUCUUAUGUGAUUUUAAACCUAACCCUAACCCUAACAUUAACCACACUGCUAACCUUAUGCCUAACCCUAACCUUAAAUCAAGACCAAAAAGCCAAUUUUGACUUUGUGGCUGUGGAAACCAAGGAGAACGCAACAAGCAUACAGAUGCAAUGAGUGAAAACAUAUAAUCAAACUGGGGAAAGCUAGCUAACAUAAUAUCACAAAGCAUGAUGCGCUAGCCAGGUAACUUUCAUUCUGAAAUAACUUCAUAUUUCCGAGUUAACCCCUUAGAGUCGAUGCCCAUGGAAAUCUAGUUAGCAUAAUACAAAAAUGCCCAUAAAAAUCAGCCUAUUUAAGAUGCGUUUCAAUCCACCACAUCCGCCGAUGUCGGCCUUCCGCAUCUGCGGUGGAAGGUGGCAGAGCUACAUCGGUGUUUGUCAGACCAGGAGACGUCCCGAAAAUCGGUUGGUUUGGCCUACAAAUUAUUAUGACCCCUAUAUGGAAAGAUGAGACUCUUGCGAACACAAUGGUGUUCUCCGUUUUUGCUCUACGACCUACAAGCGUCACAGAACUCGUCUGAAGUCGGUACCGCUGAUCUGCCAACUUCUGCCUGUAGCGUCCGAACAGUUUGGGCUACACAAACUUUCUCUAUGGAAGGUGAGACCCUCACGCUCACGAACAUGUCAGUUGUUUUGCUCUAGGACUCCUACAAUCAUCACAAGGCUCGUCUGAAUGUAGCCCGGUACAAGUUGAACAAAUGAUUGGAAGUACAGUAUAUGGAAGUAGUUUAGUGCCUAAAAAAAGGGGUUAAAUAUGGACUUCCUUAUAUCUCACUUAAAAACAUGAUUUUUGAAUCUGUUCAUACCGAACAGCUAGAGCGACAACUAAAAUGGCUUUGAAAAAAAUACGAUUUCAGCUAAUAGGGGGACGUAUCUAACAAAAUAACUACAUUAUGGCAUUCACUAAUCGUAAACUAUUUACAUAUAAUAGACAUUUCGGUACAUUUGUGGACAAAAUUCUUACUUACUCAAUCUUUAAAUUAUGAAGAAUGUUUUUACUCAUAAAGCUAGUUUCUUAUUUGUGUGUGUUUGUGUGUGUGUGGGUUCAGGUUGUGGUGAUGAAUGGCUGUGGCUCCCUCUUCUCCUCCAUAACCACAGUGCUUUGUGACCCGGAAGGUUAGUUCAACUCACUUAAAGUACACUCAAAGAGUAUGUCCAGUUGUUUCACCUAUGGAUUGCAUAAUAUAACUUAACCUUUAAAUAUCACCCAUGCCCUAUCAUACUGUGAAAGACAUGGUAUUGUAUUUAAUUAAUGGAUUUGAUUUGUCAACUUUAAUUGAGUAUGUUAGAGAGGUGUACUCAGACUCAGUGUUUGUGUUUUAGAUGCAAUCCUUAUUUCAACGCCAUUCUAUGGAGUCAUCCCUGAGGAUGUGCAUCUCUACAGUGGUGCUCCGGUCUCUUCCAUGUUCACCUCGACUGUGAGGUAGGGCUUAAUUCUUAACAUAAUAUACGGUAUACCAUAUACCACCCUGUAUUGUUGUAUUUGUUGUGUGCUUAUUGUGUCUGUUUUUAGCCUUGUGGCAGUCGGCCUUUCCACCUCACUGUGGAAAGACUGGAGGAAGCUAUGAGGAAGGCAACUAGCGAGGUAACCCCCCCCCCCCAACAUAAUAGUUUUCAAUUUAUAAAUGAAGAUACAGGCACUAGAAUCAUCAUUGGUAUAACUGUCCCUUGUUGUGUUCCUGCCAGGGGGUGAAUGUCAGAGCCGUGAUCCUGGUGAACCCCCAUAACCCCCUGGCUGAGGUCUACUCCCCUCCGGAGAUUACUGGCUUCCUGGAGUUUGCCAAGAGGUACAUUUCUUCCUCACAUCAUAUUUCCAUAUUGUACAAUAUGUUUUCCCUCAGCGCAUAGAGCAUCCAAGUAUCAUGACUGUAAUUUUAUUGUAAAGUACAACUAAGGGUUGAGGACUCUCCCAAAAGCAUCCGUUGUAGUCUAAGUGGUGAUCUCAGCAUUAGCACCCUCUACAGACCUACCCAUGCACUGAGUUGCAGUAACCAUAAACCAGCGAUGUUCUAUUACACACUGCUCCCUCAGGUUGCCUACUGAUAGAGUGCUUUUAAUGCCUGCUUGCAUUGCCUGUGUAAUAAAGAACAAUAAACAUCUUAAAACAGUGCAAUACAAAUUCAUAAUAAUUAUUUUCAAUUUUUCUCCCUGUUCUCUCCAUUCCUUCCCCCUGUCUCAGGCAUGAGUUGCACACCAUUGUAGAUGAGGUGUACGUGCUGACGGUGUUUGAAGAAACAGCCACCUUCCACAGGGACCUUAGCAUGGAGAGGUAUGACAAACACACAAACCCUUCCUAUUGAAUGUACAUUAACAAUGGGGUGCUUCCAGGUUGCUGGACCACCAGAGAACAUAUGUGAUGUGUUCUCUUCAGCAAGUCUAAAGUGAGUGUGUGUUCGUGCGUGUGCCUGCACAUGCAUACAGUGCAUUCGGAAAGUAUUCAGACCCCUUGACAUUUUCCACAUUCUAUUACGUUACAGCCUUAUUCUAAAAUGGAUUAAAUAGUAUUUUUCCCCUCAUCAAUCUACACACAAUACCCCAUAAUGACAAAGCAAAAACAGGUUUCAUACAAAUAUUCAUUUUCAGAACUUUGUAAUCAACUCAGCUACUCAAUCUUUGUGUGAAGUCGCACCCUGUUUGGGGAGUUUCAUUCACUCAAUCUUCACCUGCAGGUUAUGGCGCUUUUUCAGUCUCGAGAUUUCGUCGGUUCAGCCACCUGGGCCACUCAAGGACAUUCAGAGACUUGUCCCAAAGCCACUCCUGCGUUGUCUUGACUGUGUGCUUAGGGUCAUUGUCCUGUUGGAAGGUGAACCUUCACCCCAGUCGGAGGUCCUGAGCGCUCUGGAGCAGGUUUUCAUCAAGGAUCUCUCUGUACUUUGCUUCGUUCACCUUUCCCUCGAUCCUGACUAGUCUCCCAGUCCUUGCCCCUGAAAAACAUCCCCACAUCAUUAACCCCCACAUCUGAAUGAUCUCUUGUAUUUAUCUCAACUUGCACAUUAGUUCCCCUUGCUUCCAGCCUAGCAUUUAGUUUGGUACAGUGGGGGUUAAUAUAAGCCUUGCUGUCUACCUGUCCAACCUCUGAAACAAUGUUCCAGCCUGCAUAGCAACCAUUUUGUUUAGAAAGGACCAGUCCUUUUGCAUAGCAACUAUGCAAAAAUAAUUAAGGACUUGAUCAUGGCUGUACCAACAUGACCAAAAUAACUAACAACCCGAUUUUUGUCCGGACUACAUCUUCUGGUGGAAGAAUGAAAUAGUAUGAAUUGACUUGUAAAAAUAACGUUUUAAUUAACAUAUGUAAGUGUAUAAAUAAGGCACAUGAGGCUAUUGUGUCCUGCCGAACAACGCCAUUUACCCGUGACUGUAUUCAUGAUACAGCACUGCCUCGUGUUGCUCAGUUGGUAGAGCUUUGCGCUUGCAACGCCAGGUUUGUGGGUUCGAUUCCCACAGGGGGCCAGUAUGAAAAUGUAUGCACUCACUAAACUGUAAGUCUGCUAAAUGACUAAAAUGUAAAUUCUUCCUGGGUAUGGCGCUACAAGCUUGGCACACCUGUAUUUGGCGAGUUUCUUCCAUUCUCCGCAGAUCCUCUCAAGCUCUGUCAGCUUGGAAAGGGAAUGUCACUGCACAGCUAUUUUCAGGUCUCUCCAGAGAUGUUAGAUCGGGUUCAAGUCUGGGCUCUGGCUGGGCCACUCAAGGACAUUCAGAGACUUGUCCCGAAUCCACUCCUGCGUUGUCUUGACUGUGUGCUUAGAGUUGUUGUCCAAUUGGAAGGUGAACCUUUGCCCCAGUCUAAGGUCCUGAGUGCUCUGGAGCAGGUUUUCAUCAAGGAUCUCUCUGCACUUUCCUCCAGUCAUCUUUCCCUCGAACCUGACUAGUCUCCCAGUCCCUGCCGCUGAAAGAAAUCCCCACAGCAUGAUGCUGCCACCACCAUGCUUCACUGUAGGGAUGGUGCCAGGUUCCCUCCAGACGUGGCAUUUAGGCCAAAGAGUUAAAACUUGGUGUCAUCAGACCAGAGAAUCUUGUUUCUCAUGGUCUGAGAGUCCUUUAGGUGCCUUUUGGCAAACUCCAAGCGGGCUAUCAUGUGCCUUUUACUGAGGAGUGGCUUCCGUCUGGCCACUCUACCAUGAAGGCCUGAUUGGUGGAGUGCUGCAGAUAUGGUUGUCCUUCUGGAAGGUUCUCCCAUCUCCCCAGAGGAACUCUGGAGCUCUGUCAGAGUGACCAUCGGGUUCUUGGUCGCCUCCCUGACCAAGGCCCUUCUCCCCCGAUUGCUCAGUUUAGCCGGGCGGCCAGCACAAUCCUGUCUCUGAGCUCUAUGGACAAUUCCUCAUGGAUUGGUUUUUGCUUUGACAUGCACUGUCAACAGUGGGACCUUAUAUAGACAGGUGUGUGCCUUUCCAAAUCAUGUCCAAUCAAUUGAAUUUACCACAGGUGGACUCCAAUCAAGUUGUAGAAACAUCUCAAGGAUGAUCAAUUGAAACAGGAUGCACCUGAGCUCAAUUUCCAGUCUCAUAGCAAAGGGUCUGAAUACUUAUGUAAAUUAGGUAUUUCUGUUUUUUAUGAUUAAUACAUUUGCUAAAAAUUCAAAAAACCUGUUUUCGCUUUGUCAUUAUGGGGUAUUGUGUGUAGAUUGAUAAAAAAAGUCAAGGGGUCUGAAUAAGAAUAAGGCUGUAACAUAUCAAAAUGUGUAAAAAGUCAAGGGGUCUGAAUACUUUCCGAAUGCACUGUAUGUGAGUGUGUGAGUGCGUGAGCAUACGUGUCUGAAUGUGUUUGUACGUACAUGUUGUUGUGGGGACUAUCUGGGGGUUAUCUGGCCCUCCUAUUAUUUUCACCCCGUCUCAUUUGUGUUGUCCUUGUGCAGGACUUUGCGAUAG